AUGUGGUUGGAUAGUCAUGCGGUAAGAAAAUAUGCAGUGAGUCAGGUAAUGACAAAGGGAUGGUCGUUUUCAACAAAAACAGCAAUUGAUGUUGAGAAUAACAUUAUAAAAAAAUUAAAAAAUAUGGAUGGUAAGAACAUAAGUUAUGGAAUAAAGAAGAGUGUAAAAUAUGGUUUCAUUAAUAAAAGGAUGUUUGAUAUAUAUAACGAAUUAGUUAAGAAAUAUCAUAGCAACUUUAAUUUAUCAGACCUUGUAUUAAUACUACAAUCAUAUGCUUUAUGUAAAGAGAGAAAUUUUGAAAUCUAUUCUACCAUAACAAAUAGAGCAUUAUAUUUAUUUAAAGGAGAACUAAUAAAAUACGAUUCAUCCACUUUUGAUAAUAUUUAUAAAUACAUUUUAGCUAGUAACCAGUUGAAUUAUACAGAUUAUGAGUUGAUAACAAUUUUUUUAAAAAUUAUUAAAAAAAAUUUAGAGUAUUAUGGAAUGAAAAAAAUCUGUAAUAUGUUACAUGCACUAUCGAAACUGAAGAUAAAUGAUGAAGAACUGUUGCAGUUAUCUAGUAUUUAUAUAUUAGAAAAUUUUGAUAAAAUGAAAAUAAAUUUUGUGAACCAUUUGGUUUCUGCAUAUUGUAAAAAAACGAAUAAAAAUUUUUCAGAGUUAUGCUUUAAAUUAAUUAAGUAUAUCUAUGAAAACAUUAAGUUCAUGGACUCAAUUUCUAUAUACAAUACUGUAAUACAAAUCAAGCAUAUCAUUGAAAAAGUGAAAGAGGAUAAACGAUAUUCAACAUACCUUUUUGACGAACGGAUAGAGCAGGUCAUUGGAGGGAAUACCUCAAAUGAAAGGAGUCAAUCAUGUAGAAGCGUAUCACAUUGCAACAAUAACAGCGGUAACAUCGGUAGCAGUGAUAACAGUGGUAGUAAUAACAGUGGUAGUAAUAGCAGUGGUAAUAAUAGCAGUGGUAGUAAUAGCAGUGGUAGUAAUAGCAGUGGUAAUAAUAUCAGUGGUAGUAAUAUCAGUGGUAGUAAUAUCAGUGGUAGUAAUAUCAGUGGUAGUAAUAUCAAUGGUAGUAAAAGCAGUGGUUACAAUAACAGCGGUAACAGCGUCAGCGGCGAUAGACAAAAAUGUCAAAUGGGGGAACCGCGUGCGGAAAUAAAUGAGAAUAGCUUUUUAUAUAGUGGUACAAACGGGGCAGAAAUAAGCGCACAAAAUGGUGGAAAAGAACAUAUUGUGUAUGGUGUAAACUUAGAAGACAAGUGUUACUUGAAUGGGAAUAACAAAUCAUGUAGUGAAGUAAAUAAUGACACACAUAGGAAUAAAAAUAUUGUUAAAAAUAUGAUCCCUCUUUUAUUUUCUAAAGUAAAUAGUUGCUUAGCAUUUUUAUCCUUAAAGCAGUUAGUUAAACUAUUGCAGGCAUAUAGAGAUCUAAAUUAUUUCAACUACCAGUUUAUAUAUAAAAGAUUAUUACAUUUUCUUUUUUGCAAACUACAAACUAAUAAGACUAAUGUAGAAGACUGCAUUUUAAUACUCGAAUUUUUUACCAUUCUACCAUAUGUGGACAAAAAUAUGGAGGGAGUUAUAAACAUCGUUAUGGAAAAUUUAGAAAAGGAUCUCGUGUUCAAUUAUUCACAUAUGUAUCGCUUACUCUCAUGUUGUAAACAACUCGAAAUUUACAAUGAUAACAUUUUAUCAAAAAUGGAUUGCUUAAUAUUUAAGAAUAAAAAAAAAUUUGAAAAAUAUUCUACUUCAAAAGAUUUAAAUUUAUUUUUGCAUUUUUAUAAUAAAAAUUUACAAGAGUGGGAAGAAAUGCUUACGUUUUUGAAUAUCCUCCUUGAACGAAAAGAAAAAGAACUCAAAGAAAAUAUUAAUGAUGAACAUGUCAGCUCAUUUGCUACUCUUGUGGGUGAAAAUGAAAGAAACAUAUCAGGGAUACAGAAUGCCGAGAAGAAGGUUAUCAUAUAUAAAUACAAUAAAAUGCAAAAAUGUUUCAACGAAAAUGAAAAAAGUGUAUACGAUAAAAACAACACAGAAGAAGGGACUACUCCUUUGUUGGAAGACUACUAUUCUUCCUCCUCUUUGAGCAAUACAAAGGGAGUUAAUGAAAAUAUAACAAAUUAUUUAUACAUCAACUUGAUAAAGGAUAAACAGGCGCCUUAA